AGGCCCUGUCUGUUUGCUCUCCACUAGUGAGCAGGCCACCUUGGUUAAUAUUCACUAGCAGCUUCCUGGUGCCCCUCUGCAUCGCUACUUAAAGACAGACCAGGACAGGGCUCUGGUCCUCAGCCUGCAUCUCUGCCGCUGGGCCUGGAACCGAGUUGACAAUGCCGUCCGCUAUCCCCCGAGGCCACCUGCUUAUGGCAGGCCUGUGUUGCUUGGUGUUUGGCAUCAUGGCUGAGGAUGCUCAGGUGGCACAAGUACCCAGCCAACACAUGCCCUGCCACAAGGUCCCCCGGAGCCUGGCCCACUUUGCUCACAGCAUGUACCGGGUGCUGACUCAGCCGUCCAACACCAGUAACAUCUUCUUCUCCCCCGUGAGCAUUGCCACGGCCUUGGCCAUGGUCUCCCUGGGAGCCAAAGGGGACACUCACACGCAGAUCCUGCGGGGCCUGGAGUUCAACCUCACCGAGAUAGCUGAGGCUGACAUCCACGAUGGCUUCCAGAACCUUCUCCACACCCUCAACAGGCCCCACAGCGAGCACCAGCUGACCACCGGCAACGGCCUCUUUCUCGACCAGAAUCUGAAGCUCAAGGAGAAGUUCUUGGAGGAUGUCAAGACCCUUUACCAUGCAGAAGCCUUCCCCACCAACUUCAGCAACCCCAAAGAGGCGGAGAAACAGAUCAACGCCUACGUGGAGAAGGGAACCCAAGGGAAAAUUGUGGAUUUGGUGAAAGACUUGGGCGCAGACACAGUUCUUGCCCUGGUGAAUUACAUUUUCUUUAGAGGCAAAUGGGAGAAACCCUUUGAUGUUGAGAGGACCACGCAAGAGGACUUCCACGUGGACGCGAAUACCACUGUGAAGGUGCCCAUGAUGAAGCAGCUGGGCAUGUUCAAAGCGUUUUACUGCAGCACCAUCCAGAGCUGGGUGCUGCUCCUGGACUACGAGGGCAAUGUCACCGCUCUCUUCCUCCUGCCAGACGAGGGCAAAAUGCAGCACCUGGAGGAAACACUCACCCCAGAUCUUGUCUUCAAGUUCGCGUGCAAGACAGAGAGAAUGUCUGCCGAUGUGCAUCUCCCCAAACUGUCCAUUUCUGGAACCUACGACCUGAAGGAGGUCCUGGGCCACUUGGGCAUCACCAGUGUCUUCAGUGGUGCUGCUGACCUCUCGGGGAUUACAGAGGACAUGCCCCUGAAAAUCUCCAAGGGCUUGCACAAGGCAUUGGUGACCAUCGACGAGAAGGGGACAGAGGCUGCGGGGGCCACAGAGCUGGAAGUCAUCGUCACGUCUCUGCCACCCCGCCUGUCCUUCAACAAACCCUUCCUCUUUCUCAUCAUGGAUCACUCCACCGAGACGCCCCUCUUCGUGGGGAAGGUGAUGGAUCCCACAAAGAAGUAACUGCUCUCUGGCUUCAGUACCCCCGCCAGCCCCAUCUCCCAUUGCCCUGGUGAUAUUUAACAAUAUGAAUACCACCUCCCUGUGUCUCAGUCUCCCUUUACACCCUGAGGUUCUGAGAGGACCAGGUCAUGGGGUGUCUUGGAGUCCUGCACCCAGAGGUGCGAGGUUUUGUGCUGGGAAGGGUGACUGUGGCUGAGGCCGCACCCCACAGGCCCUGGGCCCCUCUGCCCCCAAAUCUCCAGGCCUGCCUGGAAAUCAUGAGGGCGCCAUGGAGCUCAGGUUCCAACCCCAGGCCCCAGGAUCCAGCAAGUCUCCUCAGCAUCCCUGAGGGAAUCCACUAGCCUCAUGCACAACCCUCACCAUCCACACGCUGGCGCCCCCUGCAGGCACAGUCACACCCGUGCUGCUGCCCCUUUUGCUGCUCCCAGAGCCACUCUGUUUGCACAGGUGUCCUGCUGCUGCAUCUCCAGCCCACAUGCGGCGAGAAUGUGCCCUCCCUGUCCCAGUUUUCUGUUCUACUGGGAAGCCCUUCCUCCUCCUGGGCUGUCCUGGCACCGAACUCACCUCUCCUCCCUCCUCCACUACCCCAGGAGCCUUGCCAGCCUCCUUGUGGAGCAGCGCCUUCUCCCCAGGAAGGGCUCUGGGUCCAGCCUCUGUCCCCUCUCAAAAUCACCAUGACCACCAGGCCCUUGUCCCUUCUGCUCCCAGGAUGUGUGGCCAUGGUGCUGCAGGAGGUCGUGACCUGGACUCCUGGGCUGAAGGGCAGGAAGCACUUUCAAUUCCCAGCCUCCACAUCCCAUUUAUUUAUAAGGAAAUUUAUUAAAUUACAGGGUCAAUUUAUCCUA